AUGGAGAUCUAUCACAAAUGGCAUAUUCAGCGGACAAAUACGCGAUCUGAGAUUGCGUUGGAGAUGGCGAAUCAGAUCUUCCCCAGGAGAUCGAGGAGCAGAUCGGCGAUUUACUCAGACGAUAUCCCACGAGACAUGAUGCUAAUGAUGAGUACAAGGAAGGUUUCCUCUAUUGCUAUCCCGAGGGAUAUGAGGACAAUGAUGUUUAUAAGGAAGUCUUGUGUUACCUUAUUUCUACGACCAAAUGGCUUUCUUUGGGAAGAUGAUUGCGGCGGAACAAGACACAAAGAGGUCCAAGCCACUCCAAUUACCUCCGAUUAA